AGGUGGUAGUGGUUGAAAAGGUUAAAACAAUCGAAGAGCGAAAAAAAGGAAAUAAAAAGAAAAGAAAAGAAAAGAAAAGAAGAGAAAAGAAAGAGAUAUUGUUUACUCCUGAACUAUCUUCAUAUAAUCUCAAAAAGCACGAGUUGAGUAAAAUCCGUCGGCUCUACAAAAGAGUACUUUAUCUUUGGUUAGAUCCGUGAUGGAUUUCAUGAAGGUCUUUGAUCAGACGGUUCGCGAAAUAAAGAGGGAGGUUAAUCUAAAGGUAUUGAAGGUUCCGGAGAUUGAGCAGAAGGUACUGGAUGCUACAGAUAAUGAACCAUGGGGUCCUCAUGGGACUGCAUUGGCAGAAAUAGCACAGGCCACAAAGAAAUUCUCUGAAUUCCAGAUGGUUAUGAAUGUGCUCUGGACAAGAUUGGGUGAGACUGGAAAAGACUGGCGUUAUGUUUACAAGGCAUUGACUGUUAUUGAAUAUCUGAUUUCUCACGGAUCUGAACGUGCAGUUGAUGACAUAAUAGAACACACUUUCCAGAUCUCUUCCCUCACAAGUUUUGAAUAUGUUGAGCCAAGUGGGAAAGAUAUGGGAAUCAAUGUCCGAAAGAAAGCAGAAACUAUAGUGGGCCUUUUGAGUAAUAAAGAAAAAAUACAAGAAGCUAGGAACAAAGCAGCUGCAAACCGCGACAAGUACGUUGGCCUGUCAUCUACUGGCAUAACUUAUAAGUCCAGUGCAUCCUCAUACAGUAGUGGUGGCUUCAAUGGUGGUGGGGAUAAGUAUGGAGGCCUAAGUAGCAGAAGAGAAAGUGACAGCUAUAGAGACAGUUAUAAAGAAAGCGAUCCAUAUGGGGAAGAAAAGUUUGAUACAGAUACCUACGUCAAAUCGCAUCGAGGGACUGCAUGUGAGAUCCAAGGGAAUUCCUCUAAGGAGUCUAGACAUCAUGGCAGCAAGGAUUCAAAGAAAAAAUUCUCUUCAGAGUUGAAUGAUUCCAAUAAAUAUAGCCAAAGCACCAGCACCCCUUCAAAUAAUUUUGAUGAUGACUUUGAUGAUUUUGAUCCCCGGGGAACGUCCAGUUCCAAACCAGCAGCUGGAAGUUCUAAUCAAGUGGACCCGUUCGUACCAAAUUUGAUUGACGACCUCUUUGACGGACCAGCACCAGUCCCUAUGGAAAAAUCUGCUGUGAGUACUGAUUCAACAGAUGUUGAUCUAUUUGCUGAUGCAACUUUUGUGUCAGCACCGACCAAGGUGACUCAUGAAUCAAGUCCUCAGGCACAGCAACAAGUUGAUCUAUUUGCUUCCCAGCCUGCCAUUACUCCUGCAGCCUCUCCAACUGUUGACAUAUUUGCUGCCGGUGAUCCAGUUGUGCAACCACACAUAAAGGGACAGGUUGAUUUAUUCGCUUCUCAGCCUGCCAUUACUCCUGCAGUAUCUCCAACUGUUGACCUCUUUUCCACCACUGAUCCAGUUGUGCAACCAGCCAUGGCAGCAAACGUUGGGCCAGUAAAUGCUAACAUUGUUGAUCCAUUUGCUGCUGUUCCGCUGAACAAUUUUGAUGGGUCUGACAUUUUUGGUUCAUUCACAACUCAUUCUGAUUCAGCUUUGGAAGAACCAAAACAAAACCCCAUGAAUGAUGGAAACCUUAAUAACAUGAGUACAAAGUCAUCACAAGACUCUAAAGCUCCUCAAAAGAAGGAUGCUUUUCAGGUGAAGUCUGGAAUUUGGGCUGAUUCACUGAGCCGUGGAAUAAUUGAUCUUAACAUAUCUGCUCCCAAGAAGGUUUCACUGGCAGAUGUUGGAAUAGUCUGCGGAUUAAGUGAUGUGGAUGAAAGAGAGAAAGGGCCUCCAACUUCAUUUUAUAUGGGGAGAGCAAUGGGAACUGGCUCUGGUCUUGGUAAAACUGGGUUCGCAUCUACACCAUCAACUGAUGAAGAUGGUCUAUUCUCAAGCCUUGGCAACCACCAACAGUAUCAAUUCGGUAGCUUUAAAAAGUAAUUUUGUUCAUUCCCCCUUUGCAUUCAUUUCCUAUUUUGGUGCUAAAAACGAAGUUAUCGACUGUUGUGCAUUUUGGUGUGCUACUUUCGUAUCAUUCUAUGGUACACUCCCCGGGAAGUCCUAUCUUUCCAUUAGGAACAUUUGCAAGUGAAAUUGGUAUUGAGAUUUGAUUCAGACUUAGUUACCACCAUAUUGUUGUUGUUCACACACUGUGUUAGAAUUAUUUUUAGUGUCGUCUGAAUCAAGUUGUAUAGUCCGUGUAUCAGGGGGCCUCCCCAGUUACUGAAGCCUGUUUCCCUAUAUUCUGUUUAUCAUCCAGUGUAUUCGUGGUGAAUAAAUAUCAGUCUUCAUCA